AUGGCGUAUCGCUCUACCGCCAGCCCGCUGCGCCCCGACGCAAACAAAACACCAUUACCCGCUCAACAGGACCUGCGAACGCCAACAUCAGCACCGUCUGGGCUAGUCGGCGCUCGCAUCCGUCAGCUCACCUCUCUUGCAAACAACCAGCCCCGCUCGGAUAGGGUCGUCGAGCAGACGGUCUCAUUGGCCGUCCGGUCUCGCGGAGGGAGCUUUGCCAAAGAGACCAAGCUUGAGAGACUCGAGGUCAGUAAAAUUUGCUUGUUGUCUACCGAGGCGCUCCAGAACAACCUGACUUCUACCUCGGGCAAGAAUAGCGUCUCGCCGGCCUCGGGUGGGCGACGGCAAGACGCCUUGUCGGUGUUCGAUCUAUACGGCCUUUCCCGCCCGGAGACAGACGGAGACAAAGACACUCCAGAUAUGUCACUCCUGCGGCGCGAGCCUCUGCUCGAGAAACCAGUGUCCGAACUAAAUGAGAGCCCAGGUCCCUCGGCGAAGGACCUGGACAAGAUUCGGGACGAACGUCGGUCCCAAAAGUUCAGAAGUAGCAGCCAAAACACGGGGAAACGAGGGCGGUCAACUACGCCAGCGCCUGUAGUCGGUCAGGAUGUGUCGAGCAUGGCGCAAUAUCGUCGCCACCCACGAGGCACCAACCUGUGCCUGCCUUCCCAGGGCGCCGACUUGAAGCCAGAUCCCUGGCCGCGUCUGAGGAAAGUGGACAAGCGACGAGAAGAAAAGCAAACCCCUACGCCAGAGCCUGUCCCGUGGUCUCGUCGGUCCCUGCGAAGACCGUCGAGCCACGCUGAUGAGCUACGAAGUGCCAACGAGAUGCCUACACCGUUAACUUGGAGGCAAAAUCUGAAAAAGACGGCGGAGCAGGGACGAAUCUCGCCCCGCAGCAUCACCGCAGCAUCCACUCCGGCGUCUCAGUGGCGUCAGAACUUGAUGAGGAGGGAGGCUGAAACGUCGCGGCCGCAUCUCGAGAGAACGGCCAACACUUGUUCUUUCUGCGAUCCGACGUCAACGACGCCGCCACAGGAUUGUAGCCACCGGGACGGCACACAAGGCCAUCCCCAGCCUGGGGAACCUUGGGCGGAAUCUUGGGUUACACCAGCCACGCUCAGGGUCAGGCAGGUAAAGCGCUCGCUUGCCCAGAAAAAGGCGGAGGAGGAGCUCGAGGCGUCAAAGAAGGCUGAAGAGGCCUUGCACGGCCCAUCGCGGAACUCUGGGUCACCGGGGGACGGAGAAACACAUGAUGGCGCUGUUUGGGAGGACGCCAGGGACUGCUCGUCGCCAGAGUGCCGUGGAUGCUCAUGGCGGGACCGGUACAUGGAUCUCAGGGGGGAGGUGGAGAAAUGGAAGACGGAGCUGAACUCGUGCGACGCUGACGAGGACGCACUGGGACACGGGCAGCCGAGUCGGAUGGACAAGGGAGUCGGGGACGGGGUGGCCCUGCAAGCAACGCCCGAUGACGUCGGCAUCGAAGGCUUGACGAUUGUGGUUCACAUGAGGUACAAGGAUGACUUGGGCAGGGUCAGCGAGAUUGAGGCGCCGUCAGACGGUUGGCGCAACGACAUGGCGGCGCUCGGCGGGCUGUCGAGGAGGGGAGAGGCUGUGCUGACGGUGCUGGACGAAGCGAAUAAGCCGGGCGCCUUCGGGUCUAACGGACGACAGCAGGCCAAGCAAGGCACGGUUGGCCGACAGCAGCAGGAGGUGGAGGAGGAGGAGGAGGAGCCUGGCCCCUUGGCUCGCCGUACCUACCGUCGAGGGGGCCAGUGA